AUGGGCAAGCGGAGUUCAAAACGCGUUACAAGGCCAUCGUCUUCAAACCAUUCAAGGGAGAAGUGCUUGAUGGGGUGGUCACAAAUGUCUUACGAACUGAUACCUUCAUCUAAAACUAGGCUCCCUUCUUCUAUAUUCGAUAAACUUCCUGAUAAACAACCUGUUAAACAUCGAGAUUCCAAACAACCCCCCGUCGUAGCAACAAGGGACCCCCGAUUUGGGCCCAUCACUAUUGAUUGGGUUGAUAUGGAAAGUAAUGAAAAAGGGAAGGAUAAAGAGAAGGGCAGUACAGGUCACGGAAAAGCUAUAAACGAAUCCUCUGGAAAUACUACACUAGCAGAAGGGAUAAUCCACCUCUAUCGUACCA